UAAAUACUGGCAGAGUAGCCGCUAUCCCUCUCCCUUUCUCUCCCAUCUCUCUAGCUUUGACACAAACCCUAGUUUCAGAGUAGGAUUAGGGUUCGACCAAUUAAUUGGUUGUUUUACUCUCUUUUCUACUCUUUCUUCUUACUUAGCUUCUUAAAUUACCUUUUACUCGCCAGUUUGUAGGUUUUUCCCCUAUUUUUUUUGUAUUAGGAGAGCACUGUUUUUGGAUCUGUGAGCUAUGGAUACUCGCAAACGAGGCAGACCUGAAUUUUCUAAUGGAGGCGGUUUCAAGAAAUCUAAGCCAGAAAUGGACUCCUUAUCAAGUGGUAUAGGAAGCAAAUCGAAGCCAUGCACGAAGUUUUUCAGCGUUUCUGGUUGUCCCUUUGGUGAGAAUUGCCACUUCCUCCACUAUGUUCCUGGUGGCUAUAAUGCUGUUGCUCAGAUGAUGAACUUGGCCCCCGCUCCAACCCCCAGAACGGCAGGAGGUCCCAUGCAUGGCCAGCAUGGCCAGAAUGGUGCUGCUCCAGGUGCCGUCAAAACCAAAGUAUGCAACAAAUUCAAAACUGAAGGAGGCUGCAAAUUUGGAGACAAAUGCCACUUCGCACAUGGGGAAUGGGAGCUCGGUAAACCCAUUGCACCAUCUCAUGAGGAUCAUCGUGGUGGUGGUGGUGGUGGUGGUGGACCCAUGCCCGGUAGGUUUGGUGGCGGCCGAAUGGAACCACCACCUCCAGCCAGCUUCGGCGCAUCAGCCACUGCCAAGAUCAGUGUGGAUGCUUCCCUUGCUGGCGCUGUCAUCGGGAAAGGAGGAGUGAACUCUAAGCAGAUAUGCCGGCAAACGGGGGCCAAGCUAUCAAUCAGAGACCAUGAGACUGAUCCAAAUCUCAGAAACAUCGAGCUCGAAGGCACAUUCGAACAAAUCCAACAAGCUAGUGCGAUGGUGAGGGAGCUGAUCGUCAGCAUUGGGCCAGGGAGUGGGCCUGGUAAGGGCUUUGGAGGAGGUGGGGGACCGGCUUCCACUGGUAGCAACUUCAAGACGAAGCUCUGUGAGAACUUCACAAAAGGGUCGUGCACGUUUGGGGAGAGGUGCCAUUUCGCACACGGUGAGGCCGAGCUGCGAAAAACAGGGUGAGGGUCCUUGUAGUGUCGGCGUGGUGUGAUUUUGUGAAACUUUUUGGGUUCUACUAGCUGUGCAAAAGUAGAUUUGAUUAUGUAACAGCUCUUUGGUAAUUGGUAGUGGUUGAAGACGAGUACCGCAGCAUUGUGAGGAUUAAUAUCUCGGCUUAUGUUUGUUUUGUUGUGUUAA